GGGGGGUUCUUGCACCGUGAAGCGGAGGCAGCCUUCGGCGCGACAGCCUCCUGCGGGGGUGGCCGCUUCAAGCUGUGCUGGAGACUGCAAGUAGCCCGUCCACCUGGCUAUGCUUGCACCAACGCAAGGAACAGAGUGCUGCUCAUUUUCACGUGCUAAAACUGAACCGAGGAGGCUGAGCCUUUGCCUAAAUUGAAUCUGCCAGUUCUGCCUAAAGCGAAAUAGAUUUCAAAAGGGCUGCCAGCUGCACCGGUGUGCACAUACCCCAUGCGCAUCGUUUAAAAGGUGCCUUUCUGUGACAAUCUGGACGUGGGAUCAGGAGGCAAGCGUUUUGUUCAAAGGCAAAGGCAAAGCCAAGAUGCGCUAUGCUUUGAUGAAGGCCCUUGGGGCAGGGAGGGCAUAUUUGGGCUCUGCGGGGAAUGAGGUGUGCAAAUAGCGUCAGGAAUGUGGUGUGCAAAUAGUGUCCAGACUUCUGCCAGAUCUCAGAAGGGCCCAAAGUCCACUUGGUGCUUUAGAGCGGCCGAACAGGCCUGCAAAGUGCUUCAGACUUCAUUGGGAAGGGGGGGCUUUAUGAUCUUUGCAAACUCAUCCCCUGCCUGAGACAGGGGCGCAUCUGACAUGUUGCGCAGCAUUUUCCAAAGGAGGCUGGAGCAUUGCCCAGCCUCGAGGCAGAGGCGGCCCGGGGCUUGAGGCUUAAACCCUCUUGUUCCGCCCGGGGAUCGUUCACGGUGCGAGCGGUCUUCCCGCUGAAGUCCAUCCAAGGUCAGCCGGGAGGCGCGGGUUAUGGGUGGCCUUCCGCUGAACGCGCUUUCCUCAAAGGCUUCUCCGCUGCUCUGGGCUUCCUGCCUCGGGUGCUGCCUCGCUUCGCCUUAACGCAGGAAGGGACGUGGGUCAGAGGUCGCUCUGGGAGCCGGGCGGCCUCUGAGGAAACCACAUUUGGCAUUUCACGCGGAAGGAGGAACCGCUCUGCUAAAUCCUGAUAAGAUUUCCUUCUGCCUCGGCUUCGCUGGCUCUUUGUCUCUCUCUCAAAUGUCACCGAGCGUGAGUCAUGGAGAGAGAUUUUUUCCCUGCUCUGACGUGGUUCCAGCAGGUUAACUGGGAGAAGAAGGCUGCGUUUGCGUCUGGAUCAUCUGCACUUGGUUUCUCUGGGGGGAAGUUGAGCCCGGGCAGGAUUUUUCUCCAGCGGUGCCGGCUUCCUGCCUGCUGCCUCUCCUGAGCCGGCUGGCUCGAGAUCUCCCCGUUGUGGCUCGCGGAUGCCUUCAAGCCCGUUGGGCAAAAGAGGACUCCUUGUCUAGAACUGGGACAGUCCCACGCUGGCUUCUUCCUGAUGGCCUCCAGCUUUCCCUGAGAAGGGGAUUUGAGACCUUCGCCAUCUUGAUUCAAAGUCUUCAGCCCACGCCUUUCCAUGAACCAUGGAGGUGGUUGAUGUCCCCGUGGGAAACCUCAUUGACUUUGACUCGGAACCGUCGACCACUGACACCUCCGAAUCGGUCCCCACCGCCCCCUCAACCGCCAAUGGCCACGGCUUACUGGAUCACUGCAAUGCGGGCCCUGCUCCUGAGGAGAGUGAUGCCACAGAGUCCGCCGAUAGUGAGAACGACACCACAGACUCGCCCACCCAUCACAGCUGGAACAACCUUCGCCGUUCUUCCUCCGAGUCCUACUCGUCCAACCAGAGCACAGAGUCAGCUCGGGGAGAAGUCAUGGCCGAACACCGGGAGUUCAUGAGUCAAUAUGUGGAGAAGAUCUUCACGGGCGGGGAGGAGUUUGACCAAGAGGAAAAAGCCAAAUUUGGGGAGCUGUGCAGUGGCGAGAACACGAAAGGCAGGGAAUGGUUCGCCAGAUACGUCAGUGCCCAGCGCUGCAAUUCCAAGUGUGUCUCGGAGCAGACUUUCUAUCGCCUGGUGCAAUCCUUUGCCGUGGUGCUCUUCGAAUGCUACCAGAUGGACGACUUCAGUCCUGCUAAGAACCUGAUGACAAUGUGCUUUACGUAUUACCACAUCGGUAAGCCCCAGACGCUCCCCCUGGAGUCCAAGGAGAAGGCCACCGGCAGCAUCGACUCCUACCUGAAGUCUGCCAACAGCUGGCUGGCCGAGAAGAAAGACAUCGCGGAGCGGCUGCUGAAAAACACGUCGGCCAAGACGGAGAACAUGAAAGGGUUUUUUGGGAGCUUCGAAAGCAAGCUGCGGGGGCCCAGCGGGGCCAGGAAGAACGAGGAUGGCGAAGAAAAGCCGAGGGAGCGGAUGCAGAAAUCGGUUUCCCUGUACAGCCCAGAGGAGGAGGAGGAGGAAAGAAGUGGGGAGAAGAUCUACCUGUACAUGCACCUCAAGCAGCAGCCCAUCUGGCACACCCUGAGGUUCUGGAACGCGGCUUUCUUCGAUGCCGUCCACUGCGAGAGGCGGAAACGGUCUCCCACCACCAGAGGAAAUACUGGGGAGGAAGAGGAAAAGAGGGAGAAGUGGUGCCACAUGACUCAAGAAGAACGGAAUGACAGCCUCCGUUUUAACGAGAAUAUCACCUUCGGACAGCUGGGAACUUUCACUCACAACAUGCUGGCUUUUGGGCUGAACAAGAAACUUUGCAACGACUUCUUGAAGAAGCAGGCCGUGAUUGGCAACCUGGACGAAGAGCAGUACAAGCUCCUGAGUGACCACAUUGAACAAAUGGCUGCCGAAUAGCCCCACAACCUGCUUUGCCAUGACCAGGAUUGAGAGGGGAGGCCGGCGGAGGCGAAAGGCUGUAAAAACCCAUCUCCGGGACUGUCUGUCUGAGACUUCAGAUGGGCUUUUAAGCCAACAGACACCCCACAGACUCUGCAAUAAUCCUGCAUGAUAGCUGUUAAACCGUGUAGUGCUGUGCUAAGCAGCUUGUAGAUGUAGAGCUCCUCAAUCAAAAGACGUCCGUCCUCUUUGGCAGCCUCAAGGACACCCAGCCUCUUCCGCCAACUCCUGAUCUGAGGCCUUUUUGCAUGAAAGCACUGGCUUUGGAGCGUUUGGGGGAAAUUCCUCCAUGCGAGGCAGGGGGAGUAAUUGGGGAGGAGGACCGCUGCGCCUUUUAUGGCGGGCUGAAACAACCCUCCAUGUAUUACUGCAGAAUAUUUUAAGAGGCCAACAGCCGUGAAAGAUAAAAGAAGAUGUGCGCACGCGUCACAGUGGAAUGGAAAGGCAGAGAGAAUCUUUGGAUUUUUCUGCAAAGCUGCUAAUCCUAGAGAAAAGCAAGGCAUUUGUAGACCCAGGAGGCUUGGGACAAAUCAUCCUGUUGGGGGGAGAAAAAUAUUUAAAAGGUAGGCAGGGAAAGAGGAGUAGCUGAGGUUUGUAGUUUUGUUGUGCAAGCCAACCCAGAUUCUUGCUUCCCUGGAGCAGUUCUGGUCCUCCUGUGUGGUUUCAAGGCAACCGUUCUGAUAAAACCAGGAACGUGGUAGAGAUCUCUGGAGGAGGGGAGGCUUUUUCCUGGAGUAUACAAGAACAAGCCCAACAGCCUGGCUGACGUGAGUUGAUUGCCACAUCCCGUCUGUCUGGUUGGCCAACGUCUGGAGUCUUUGCCCAGUUGGUCCGUGUGAAGUUGGUGGGGAUUUUCUGUGGGGUGCUGCCCGAUUUCCACCAUUCAUGAACUUGAAGCCAUCUUGGGGGGACCAAAAUAUUCUUUUCAACGUCCUGUUUGGAGAAGUUUCCUCCGUGCUGCCCCUGGUACCUUUGAUGGUCCUCCAGCUGCUGGUUUUGUAGCUGGGGUGUGGGUGUGUUUUUAAAGGCAGGUUGAUGUUGGGGGGAUUGCCUUUUGGCGGGGUAGCCCAGUGGAUGGUUUUCAACAUUUGCCUUGUGUUGCUGGAUGGAUCCUGGUUUCUCAUUCUCCGGGAAAAGACCGAGCUGCUAGCGAGCUGUUGGUUGAUUGACAGAGACAAUAGGAAAAUUCAGGGCUCUCUUUCUCCCUUUUAAUCUGGGCUAUUCAGGGACGACAGCGAGCUCUGCAUCUUAAAUCUUGCAGGCCGUGCAAAUUUUGAGCCCCUGCAGUCCCCUUUGUCACCAGGAGAGGGGGCCGAGAGAAUGGUUUUUGGCAGGCUUCCUCCUCUGGGUUUCAAGGAAGAGUUCUGGCUCAGAGACGGUGGCUGCUCAGCUUGAAUCUGUCCAAUAGCUGAAGCUGGAAGCGAUUGGGACUUCUAUUGAUAGAGUUUUUGGACAUUCCACUUGUGAAAUCCUCUUACAUUUCCACUUGUUAACCAGAUCCUUUUCUGGUGGUUUCCAAAGCAAGCAGCUGGCUGCGUUUAGCAGCACGUCCUCUGCCAGUAGCAGCUUCUGUUUAAAGUUUUGCUUCAACCCCGGUUGAAAAUCGAGCGUUUUGAAGCUACCGUAGGCAUCUGGAGGAGGCUCAGCCUGGAAGCAUUCUGCAACAUUGGCUUUUGCUGUUCUUAAUCCAGUGGAGGAAGCCCAAACCACCACAUCUGGAGGGGCUGCCGCUGAUUUUUCUAGUUCUGCUUUUCUUCCACUUUGCCCUCGGGGAAGACGUAAAACUCUCACUGCAGGCUUGCAUCGGCUUAACGCAGAGUGAAAAAAAGUGUCAAGGGAUGGACCAACAUCUGGGGAUUGGCCAAGGUGUUUCACAGUGGGCAAAAUGUCAUUGAAACCCAAUUCCCUCUUGUAGGCAAUUGAAAACACGGGGUAGGAUUUAAAGAUGGCUUUGCAUGGAUUUCUCCCGGGUUCCCGCAGGAUGUGGUCUCUGUUCCACGAAGGCUGCAGUGGUUACGUUCCUGUUAUGCAUAUUGUCCGGUCUCCUUUUAUACCUUAAUCUUUCCAGGACUCUUGUAAAUUGUGCUCAUGUGAAUUUUUUCUUCUCCACUCCACUGUUAAAUCUUGAACUUUUUUUUUUUAAAGUGGAGGAGAUGGAGAGCAGGACUGAGCCAACAUGAAUGAGGAGGCUAGUCUGUGUUUCAUGGAAUGCAAAGACUUGGAUCCAGAUGUUUUCUUGCAUUUCUGAGGUUUGCUUUAAGGGGCGGGGAGGUAAUUGCAAUGAAAAGUUUAAAGUAACUUUCCUUCUUGGAAGGGAAAGAGAGAGAGGUCUGCAACAGAUCCUUUUGUGUGUGUGUGUGGGGGGGGGGGUUGCUAAAUAUGUAAUUUCAGGACCUUCUUCUCUUGUCUACCCUUUUAAAAAGUGAAAGCCCAGAAUUGCAUAUCAUAUGAUUGUAAAUCUGAGGUGCCCCAACCAGGCAUCUCCUUCUUGUGAGUUUCACUGGAGUUUUUAAAAUGCUGUAUUUGGUUGUUUAAUAUAUAUUUAUAUAUAUAUAUAUAUAUAUAUAUCGAGAGAGAAAGCGAGAGAGAGAGAGAGAGAGAGAUUCAUCCAUGUUCUGUUGUUUUGAAUAUUUCAUGCCACCAUGUCCUGCUGUAUUGGGUGCAGUUCUGUGUGCCCUGUCGCAAGAGUGCGACUUCCUGUCCUUUGUGGAAUAUUGUUGUUUUUAACUUAUGUACUGAAAAAUUUCAAGUUCUGGUCACGACAGGACCAGGGCAGAUAAAAUAAAGCUUAAAUAAAGACACGGAACCAUGCCCUCACUCUUUUCCCCACCCAGCUCGUGUUUGUUCCAGGUCCCGUCUGCCGUGCUAUUCUCUCCUUGUCUCUUCUAGAUGAAAUACAUUUGGAUUAAGAGUCACCCACUGCAUCGUCAUCUUUCAGAUCCCUUUCCAAAGAGAUUCCCAGCCAGCAGCAAAAGAGGAAUCCCGUGUCUCUGCCUCUU